GUCCAACGCCCGACCCGCUACACCAAUUGGGUUCCACUUCACUGAGCCCCUAUUAUCAGCGGUUGGAGAUCACCUGGCCGGGGUAAAAUCUCGCGCCUGCGCUCUCACGUCCCCAACUCUACCGGCUCAGCUUCGCGAAGGUUCCCGAAGCUUCCCUUCGGCUUUUUCCGGAAACGGAGCAUGCGCACUAGCGAAGGGGGGCUUUUUUUCUCCUCUUCCUCUGUGGCAGUCAGUCAUUGCCGGCUUUCCUCUCGUUGCCUCACUUCUACUUUCGGGCGUCCUUUCCUUCAUGGCUCAGCUCUGCUACAACCGAGGCUGCGGGCAGCGCUUCGACCCGGAAACCAACCAGGAAGAGUCCUGCACAUAUCACCCAGGAGUACCAGUGUUUCAUGAUGCUCUUAAAGGCUGGUCAUGCUGCAAAAGAAGAACUACAGACUUCUCUGACUUUUUGAGCAUUGUGGGUUGCACCAAGGGUUUCCAUAACAGUGAAAAGCCCCCUGAACCUAUUAAACCUGAAGUUAAAAGUACCUCUGAGCGAAAGGAGUUAGCAAAUUUGAAGCCUAAAUUUCAAGAACACAUAAUUCAAGCACCAAAGCCAUUGGAAGCCAUUCAAAGACCAAGCCCAGAUGAGCCAAUGAGUUGCUUGCAGCUGAAAGUAUCAGCUUCCUUGAAGCAAGCAUUAGAGAAGCUGAAACUGUCAUCAGGGAAUGAAAUAAAAAAAGAAGAUGAUAGUGAUGAAAUAAAGAUUGGGACUAUGUGUAAAAAUUCAGGCUGUACAAAGACGUUUGAAGGACCGCACAGCAUGGAAGAAACAUGUACAUACCACAUGGGUGUGCCUAUAUUUCAUGAAGGGAUGAAAUACUGGAGUUGUUGUAAGAGGAAAACCUCAGACUUCAAUACUUUCUUGUCUCAAGAGGGUUGCACUAAAGGAACACAUGUGUGGAUUAAGAAGGAUUCUAAGAAAGUGGUUCCAUGCAGACAUGAUUGGCAUCAGACUGGUGGUGAAGUGACCAUUUCAAUCUAUGCUAAGAAUUCAAUUCCUGAACUUAGCUACGUAGAAGCAAAUAGCACAGUGCUAAACAUCCAUAUUGUAUUUGAAGGUGAUAAGGAAUUUAAUCGGAACCUGAAUUUAUGGGGGGUGAUUGAUGUGAAAAGGAGUUAUGUAAAUAUGACAGCUACAAAGAUUGAGAUCACUAUGAGGAAAGCUGAGCCCAUGUUAUGGGCAGGCUUGGAACUUCCGGUGUCAAAAUUACAACAGAAACAGCAGCAAAACAUUGCAGAACAAGCUUGAAAUCUGGGCCGGGGGGGGGGGGGGGGGGGAUAAUUGUUGCUUCUGAAGUGGUGACUUGAUGUUAUAAUACGAAUUGAUUUUAUAUGCAGUUGCUUUUAAAAUUCUGUAUUCCAAAGAUGGGUAAAGUACUGGACUUCUCAACAGCGCAAUAGAUCACUUGUUUUGUUGUAUUGAUUUUAUUGGCACAAAGCGUACUCAUGGGGAUUUUGUGAUUAUCAGUUUCUGACCAGUCAUUUGGGUAUAAAAGAAAUCUGUGGCUUCCAAUAGUCCAAGAUAGACACUUUGCAACAGCAAUUCUGAGAUGGCAUUUACAUGGUGACAUUAAAAGAAGCUUGCUUGGCUUACCUCUGUGUUUUGAGAAUAUCCAAUAUUGUGCCUUAGUUUGCUAGUCUUAGAACUAGUUGUCACUUACAGAGCAAAUCUGUAUACCGAUGUUACCACUGAAGACUGAAAGAAGGCAUACUUAAUUUGAAUAUUCCUCAAUAUGGAAAAUACAUUCUGUAUUGAAAACUAAUGCAUGCCUUCCCCAGCAUCUAGUUUUCUGUAUGAAGGUUUUGGGUUGGUUUCUUUACAGUGAGCCCACAGAAAACCAGCCAUCUACAGAUUGGCGCUCCAGUGGAUUACUCAGCUCCAUAUUACCCAAUGGUGGUGUGCAUUGUCACCCAUUGAUUAAUAUGUGUUUGAGUUCCUCAGUUUCUCCCAUCUGUGGGGGGCCCUGGAACCAAGCCCUCACAGAUGGGAAGGGCUCUCUGUACUUACUUGGUUGUGUGGAAUAGCAUUCAGUUAUGUGGACUCCACCUCUAACACAAAGUUCACAUUUCAGUGAAAACAAGACCUUAACUUAAAGCUUGUGUUGCAAAGAAUUGGGUAACUAUCUUCCUGAAUGGACUUGGAUAAGAAGGUUUUACUUGGAUACUUUUAUUGUUACAGUACUUCAGUUCAGGCUUUGAUUUAACCAAAAUUUUGCCUAGGAACUAUAAUUGGGUAUGAAUGACUGGAAAAGAUAAUUUACUAAAGCCAAUGGUCUUUGAACUAGAUGAAGAUGUUAGACUAUAGUAUUUUAUAGGAAAAUCCAUCCUAUAUAUGGUAACUCAAAUCCAAAACACACUGCAGAAAUAAUCCACUUUGAGAGCACUAACUGCCAUGGGCUCAAUACUGUGGAGUUAUGGGAACUGUAGUUUUGUGUCUCAGUCAGAGAGCUUGGGCUACAAUGAACCACAAUUCCCAGGAUUCCCUAGCACUGAGUCAGGUCAGUUAAAGUGGUCUCAAACUGGAGUAUUUCUGCAGUUUGUUUUGGACCUCAGUUAAUAAUACAAGAAAUGUUUAACAUACCAUGUAAUUGAUACUGUAGACAUCACUGCAUGACUUUCUACCAUAACAAGAAUAGAACAAAAGUUAUUGCCACCUUAGACCGACUUAAAUUCUGUACAGACAUGCAAUCUUUCAUCUCUUUUAUGUUGGGAAGCAUAAAUAGAAUUAAAAGGGAAAGUUUCAUGGUGAUUUCUGUACUGUAUGAUUGUAUUCAUGUCCUGAGAAACUGAUGAAGAAAAGAAGUCUCCCUUAUAGCCCCUGGGUUUCAGAUUAUAUACCUUUCCCAUUGAACUGCUAUGGUACUUCUCUAUGCUUCCUCCCAAAGUACAGACAAAGGACCGUAGCAAAAUAAUUGAGGCAGGCACUCUAUGUUGGUACUCCAGGUAGUUGUCUUAUUUGUCUCUUUUCAACCAUGGUAAGGACUUCCUUACUGCAAAUGUUUAUUAACUGUCUGCUGUACGUUAGGAUGCAUGGAACUGGACAACAUGUCUAGGCUGCCUAUGCUUUUUUAUAUAUAUUAAAUAUAACCGUCAUUGUAAUAUCAGCCCUUGACAGUACCUACAUACAGUUUAGCUAUGCUUGGCAUUUCAGCUUGUUCAUCACUUGAGUACACCUGGCAUACUAACCCUUUCUUGCCCUUGCAUCAAACAUUGUUGGGUGGAGGAGGCAAUAUGCAGGAAGGACUGAAGAAUUUGGAAUUAACUAAUUUAUUUGGGCAAGAUCUUGCAGAACUAGCAGAUUUGUAUAAUGUGAAACAGAGAAUGUUCUAGUGAGAAAUUUAUUGGCAGGAUUCAAAACAUAAAUAUUUGAAGAUGGAACAGAAUUCCUAUAAAAGUGGUACUAUGUAAGCAUUGUCUCAGUACAGUGUCACCUGUGUGUUGGCUGUGAAUUACAUGAGGAACAUGUUGUUCAUCUUUUGUAGAGAAGCAUUUUCUGCUUUAAUUUGGAUAUUCCAGAAAAGGGAGAGUGCAAUGGUGAAAGUGUGUCAGGAAAAAGAAAGGUAAAAUAAUCUCUGCAUACAAUGUAGUACAUUAUUUGAACUGUCUGAAGUGGUUUUUGCAGUCUUUUUCUCAAAACACCCUGAAGUCCUGAAUGAUCGAGUAAUCAGUCCCAUGUCUUUACAUCACUGUUUGCCUUUAUGUUCUAGAUUUAUCUUUCUUUGUUGAUAAUGCUUGAAUUUUGAGAGAGUUUGCAUGUGUUUGUAUGUGUAUAAUCCUCAUGUUCUUCCAACAUCCUGUGUCUGCAGACGCCAUUCUUUCCAACAUGUAUCACAACCUGCCAAGACUUUCUUUUCACCAAAUGCCCUUGGAAUAACUGGAGAUCAUGCAAGAAUAUUAUAGUUAGGGCUGUACCAGAGUAGUUCAGUGAAUUACACUCCUGUUAAUAACACCUAAUUGAACACUGUGAACUCCCUUGUGUUCAACACAUUCUGUCUGUUCAGUAAACAGUAUAAGCACAGCCUUUGGUGUAACCCUUGAAGAACUUUUGUACAUAAUUAUGCCAAUUCAAACUAAAAAUUAUCCAAAUCAAAAUAGUGAGACAAAUACAAAUAGCCAAUAAAAAAAAAGGGAUCAAAUUUCUUAAAUGAGAAUCUGAUUAGAUAGACCUGGGUACUGUAUUUCUUAAAUUUUCUACUCCAGAUCCUUUCUUACCUUCCCUCAAGGAUGGGUAUGUCUAUUCCCGUAGUGCCCUCCAAAUCCUUGCCAGUGCCAAAGGUGCUGCUGCUGACAAAUACCAGCAGUUAUUCUUGGAAACAUGGUGCAUGGAGUAUGUGCAUCUUGUUUUACAUUAUAACUAUUGAGUUUGGCAUGUGGCAGUUACUCUGCAAUUUGGAAAUAUUUGUAUGGAAAGUACGUACAACAAAACCAGGUGGAUUUGUAUUGGUCAGUACUUUCCACUGACUGUAUAAUUUUGUUUCAAAUAAGAAACCAAAUGACUCAACAUAUUGAAUGUUUGACUCCUUAUAAUGUUAAAUCAUUUUAAUCAUUACUUAGCACUCAUUACUUAGUACAAAACUUACAUCCAUUUCAUACAGAUUGUGAACCAACCCAGUAUUUUUUCAGAGGCCUUUGGGUGAAAGUAGCAGCAAUUGUUGGAAUCUGUAGUAAUGCAGGAGAAUGAACUCUUUUCCCCCUUCUCUCCUCAUUACCAUUUACUAGCUUGCCUGAAGGAGUCCCUAAUUAUAAAAUCAGAAAAGGACGGAUUAUGGGGGUUUCUAUAACUUUCUCAUUCCUCUCUGCCUUUGGAAUAAGCCAGUUGGUGAAGGAGAAAGGAGUGGCAGAUGACAGUCUUCACACACAAUACUUUCAACAAGUUGAAUGUUGUGUGACAUGUAUUGUAACUUGGUAGAGCUUGGAAGCCCUGUAUCUUUUUGCAGCCUCAAGCAGGCAUCAAAACAAGGUUGUUGGCUUGAUCGCUUCAUUUGCUUAGGUCACAAACUGUGGAGUGCUACUGUAGCUGUUAGUUCUGAUUCCUGCUGUAGUCAUAGUUCUCUGACCAAGCAGUUAUUUCAUAGGUUGCAGGUUGAACCAGAGUCUUCAUGUUUCCAAUUGCAAAGUCAUCAUUUCCAGUACAUAUUAAGUCUUCUAGUUAACUUGUAAUGGAAUUGUGUGUGCUUCCUGGAUUAACACAUGCUCAUGUUAGGGUCCAAACUACUGAGACUUCCUUAUUGUUUAGAAGUAUUACACAGCAAAGUCAUCACUUCAGAAGUCAAUACUACUAGUUGUUUGCCUUGAAAAGAAAAAAACCCCAGUAUAUUCUGUGUCAUAAUGCAAUUAUUUGCUUUAAAUUGUCGCAUGGGAAUUUUUAAAACUUCAGUAGCAGUUAUGUUAAUCAAGUUAUUUCCAUAUUGCAACCAAAAAGUUUCAUUUGUAUAUGAAACCUGAAGAAAAAAAAAUGUGUCUGGAACACUAAAUUAACUGGUUUUCUUCAGUGUUUUUCCACCGCAUGGAUGUCCCUUUUACUUUUUGUUGAACAAUAGAGGUCUCAUGUCUUCAGACCUUUUUAUAAAUUUGUGGAAUAAACAGUUAUGAACCUGG